AUGGUGAAAUCAGCCAUAACCACCGUUUCCAUAGAAAUUCUAUUUCUGUUAUUUUUCACCUCAACAUUCUUUAACUCUUCCCAUGCUUCUCCAACACAAGAACAAGAUUCUUACUCUGAAGAACAACAUAAAGAAAAACCACCGAGUUACCUAAAAAUGGUAUCAAACGCAAGCGAGUUUCCGUUAGAAGAUUACUACGACUACAUCAUAGUCGGCGGCGGAACCGCUGGUUGUCCAUUAGCCGCCACACUCUCACAAUCCCAUCGCGUUCUCAUUCUCGAACGAGGCGGAAUCAGCUAUGGAAGACCUAGUUUAAUGAACCAAGAAGGUUUCUUGAACACACUCUUGAGCGCAAACGCAAACAACGUUAACAACGAUGAUUCGCCGGCUCAGUCAUUCGUUUCGGAAGACGGCGUACUCAAUGCUCGUGGCCGCGUUCUCGGCGGAAGCAGCGCGAUCAAUGCCGGAUUCUACAGUCGUGCCGAUCGUGAGUUUUUUACAAAAUCUGGUUUGCUUUGGGAUUUAAAGCUUGCGAACGAAUCGUACGAAUGGGUUGAAAGAGAGGUCGUGUUUCGUCCUGAAUUGAAAACGUGGCAAUCCGCUGUUCGUGAUGGUCUUCUAGAAGCUGGUGUGGGUCCCUAUAACGGUUUCACGUUAGAUCACGCUAGAGGAACGAAAAUCGGUGGGUCCACUUUUGAUACUUCAGGUAAACGACAUAGUUCAGCGGAUCUUUUACGAUAUGCACGACAUUCCAAUCUCCAAGUUGCCGUUUACGCCAGUGUCGAACGACUCCUUCUAGCAUCAUCUUCAUCUUCUUCGUUUUCCUCUCCAAAUUCCCCAACAACAUCGAGUUUAUCAGCUAUUGGUGUUCUCUAUCGUGAUGAAAACGGUAAAUAUCAUCACGCUAUUUUGAAAGAUCGAGGUGAAGUGAUUCUUUCAGCAGGGGCAAUUGGUUCUCCACAGCUUCUACUUCUCAGUGGAAUUGGACCUAGACCUUAUCUUUCUUCAUGGGGAAUUCCAGUUGCUCAUCAUUUACCUUAUGUAGGUCAUUUUCUAUAUGAUAAUCCACGUAACGGAAUCACGUUUCUACCGUCGGUUCCUCUUGAACAUUCUCUCAUUGAGGUUGUAGGUAUCACAGAUUCAGGUGCUUACAUUGAAGCUGCUUCUAAUGUUGUUCCGUUUUCGACACCGCAACAAAUGCUUUUCAUCCGUCCGCCUGCUUCGCCGCUUUACUUAACGGUUGCAACGCUGAUUUCAAAGAUUUCAGGACCGGUUUCUGCUGGGUUUCUUCGAUUAGCUUCGACGGAUGUUAGGUUUAAUCCAAUUGUUAGGUUUAACUACUUUACCAAUGCUGUUGAUGUUGAGAGAUGUGUUAAUGGAACCAGAAAACUAGGGGAUGUUCUUAGGAGUAGAGCAAUGAAUGAUUUCAAGUUUAGGAAUUGGUUAGGGGUUAGAGAUUUUAGGUUUAUUGGACCUGCUUUGCCUAAUGAUCAAACGAAUUAUGUUGAAAUGGCUAACUUUUGUAGAAGGACGGUUAGUACUAUAUGGCAUUAUCAUGGUGGAUGUGUUGUUGGUAGGGUUGUUGAUUCUCAUCUUAAGGUCAUUGGAAUUGAUUCUCUUAGAAUUGUGGAUGGUUCUGUUUUUAGUGUUUCACCUGGAACUAAUCCUCAAGCUACACUGAUGAUGCUUGGAAGGUAUUUUGGGCUCAAGAUAAGAAGAGAAAGGGAAAAAUAUAGUGAUCAGUGA